ACCCGCAGCAGACAGCCAGCAGCAAACUGAACAACUGAGCCAAACUGCACUAAAAAAAUAAUUCAAUUUUACAAAAUGCUGAUUUUUCCACUGCUUGCAACAUUCUCCCUCUCAGCCUGUGCAAUGGUUGUAGAGUACACCUACAGCUCCAAGGAUGAUACCUACAGCUCUGAAGAGGAUACCUACAGCUCUGAAAAGAAUACCUACAGUACCGAGGUUGAGGCCAUGGAAUACCUGAAAACAUAUGGAUAUUUACAAAAGCCGCUGGAAAGUGAGAGUGAGGAUUUCAGUCCAGAGGAAGUGCAGGAGGCCACACGUGUCUUCCAGCAAUCGUUUAACCUACCUCAAACAGGAUUAUUGGAUAGAAGCACUUUGGAAAUGAUGAGGGAGCCUCGAUGUGGACUUGAAGACCCUUUCAACCAGAAGACUCUACGAUACCUAUUGUUAGGUCGAUGGAGAAAAAAGAACUUGACUUAUCGGAUAUACAAUUACACUCCAGACAUGACACCAGAUGCUGUCACCACUGCCAUCAAAUCAGCUUUCAAAUACUGGAGUGAUGUCACUCCGUUGACAUUCAAGGAGAUCAGUUAUGGAAGAGCAGAUAUACGCAUUUCUUUUCACAAGCGUGGUGUCGGAUGCUCCCGACCUUUUGAUGGACCUGGAAAAGUGCUGGCACAUGCUGAUAUCCCUGAGUUGGGCACCGUACAUUUUGAUCAGGAUGAGUACUGGACAGAGGGAUCAUACGUUGGUAUGAAUUUGCGCAUAAUCGCAGCACAUGAGUUAGGCCAUGCCUUGGGUCUUGGACACUCUCGGUAUACUUCUGCCCUGAUGGCCCCUGUCUAUAAUGGAUACAGACCCAACUUUCGUCUCCAUGAUGAUGAUAUUCGGGGGAUUCAAGCACUUUAUGGUAAGAAGGCACAUGUAGAGGAGGAAGAAACAGCUUUUGAUACAGAGGUUCCAGUGCUAGUACCAGCUCCAACUCCAACCAGUCCCAUGCCUGACCCAUGCAGUGACAACCUUGAUGCCAUCAUACUGGGACCUCAUAAGAAAACCUAUGCAUUUAAAGGGGAUUACGUAUGGACUAUUACCGAUUUUGGAACUGGUCCUCUCGUGAAAAUCCAAUCCCUCUGGAAAGGGUUGCCGGGGAAUUUGGAUGCAGCAGUUCACUCACCACGCACAAAAAGGACUUAUUUCUUCAAAGGGGAUAAACUCUGGAGGUACACAGAUUUCAAGUUAAACUAUGGAUACCCUAAACUGUUAAGCAGGGUGCCAGCCAAUCUCAAUGCAGCUUUGUACUGGGAUGGAAAUCAGAAAAUCUUCUUGUUUAAGGGAGAGAAUUAUUGGCAGUGGGACGAGUUGGGAUGGAGUAACCUUGCCUCAAAAAAAAUCUCCAGUUUAUUCACUGGCGUCCCGUCUCAGGUGGACGCUGCUCUGACCUGGAAGAACAGCAAGAUUUAUUUCUUCAAAGGAGACAAGUACUGGCGCGUGAACAAGCAACUGAGAGUGGAGAAGGGAUACCCCCUUAGCGUAUCAGAACGCUGGAUGCAGUGUCACCAUUUUGAUUGAGGGCAUGCCAAAUUAUAUCUACAUAGGUUCUUUCACAGCACCUGUCAGUUUGAUACUGUCAGACAUGUCCAAUGUAACUUUUGACUGUUUAGUGAAGCUAAAUAUGGAUACUUUGGAACAAAUUAAAGUAACAUGUACACUGUACACUGUGGCGCAGACUGCCAUAAAGUCAGGAAAACACAUAAUGGCAGCUCUAUAGAAGAAAAAGGUUCCUGAGACUUGCCACCCAGUCAACUACAAUCUGCACUUACUAUCAUGAUGUCAUACUGACUACUUUACAGCUCUUGACUUAAAGAGCUAUUCAUGAAGCCAAUUAGAAGUAAAAAUGUAAAUAUCUUUUUUUGCAUGUUAUAUGGUCAAUGGUCAGUUUUUAAAUAAUGUGCACGAGAGAUUUGUAUUUUGAUUAAUCUGUCUGUCAUGAAUUCAUACAAAGCCUGACUAUUUCCUGAGUAACAUGGCAAAGUGCAUAAUCUGGAGAUUGCUCUAGACUUUUUUUCAACAAACGCAUAUAUUCCAACAUCAGUCUUUGUAUGUAAUACAAAUACUUCCAAUGAGUGGUACUUGUCUAUCACCUCCAGUGGCAAUAUGUGGUACUACAUUAAAAAAAAAAAAAAAAAGCCAGGGGCUCAUAUUAUUCAUCCCUGUGGCCUGUGGCACCCAACUGCCCUGUAAAAUACAGACCUCCCUAUUCAACCGAAUUGACACAGACAUGUAGCAUUGUGUUCUGCAUUCAGAAGGUUUCAGACAACUGAGACUCUUUACACACUUUUAUUCAGAUGAGGCUUCGUACCACAAUUAAGCCACCACUAAACUAGAUUCUAUGCAAUGAGUUGUGCUGAGUUGACAUCUGAUCUGCAGAAUGUAGGUCAAAUAUCCUAGAGAAAGAAUUUAGAUUUUAAAUAUAAUUACAGCUCAGUAUGACUUACUGCUUAGUAAAUAUAAGGUUGGAAUCAGUAUGUGAAUUUGUUUAAAUAAAUGUCCCUCAUUAGCUCCACCUACUGUACUUAACUGAAAAUGUAUUUAUUAAAUUAAACAAAAUACCAAAUGAGAGUAUUGUUAGUAUAGUCGGGAGUUGAGAACUGUGGCUAUGCCACCCCCAUAAGCAAGCCACAAUGGCCUAUUCUAAUCCUUAAGCUAAUUAUGUUCUAAAGCUCACAAAAAAGUCUAGAUGUAUGGCCUAAAGCAUGCAUCCAGGAAAUGACAUCACUUAUCAUUUUUUGUACAUUUAUAUUAAAACUCAUAUUGAAAAAAAAUGUGAGU